AGCUCCACGUCCGCCGCCAUAGCUGUGCGGCGGUCAUGUGCAAGUCGGUCAGGUCACGUGGCGAUGGGAACCGGAAGUGGUUCCCAGUGAACGCGCAAAGACCCGCCGAGCUUGUCCGGCGACUGAAAGUUGCUACCCGAGUCUACAGGGUCUGGGAAACCCUGCUGCCAGUCAUGGGCCGCAGGAGGGCAAUGCGCGGGUCUAGAGGGGAAAGCGGCCGCGCUCGGCACGUCCCCGGCCGCUCCCUGGAGGCUUUUGCCGAGGAGGUUGGCGCCGCGCUGCGCGCAUCCGUAGAGCCAGAGGCGGCUGAGGGCGGGGAUGACCCAGGCCCGGCGGCGCUGCCGUGUGCGCUGGCCAUGUGGGAGCUGGGCCACUGCGAUCCCCGGCGCUGCACGGGUCGUAAGCUGGCCCGCCUGGGGUUGGUGCGCUGCCUACGCCUGGGCCACAGGUUUGGCGGCCUAGUCCUCAGCCCAAUGGGCGCUCAGUACGUGUCCCCGGCGGACAGACAGCUAGUGGCACAGUCUGGGGUUGCUGUCAUCGACUGCUCCUGGGCCCGAUUGGAUGAGACACCAUUUGGGAAGAUGCGAGGGAGCCAUUCUCGUUUGCUCCCCUACUUGGUGGCUGCCAAUCCAGUGAAUUACGGCCGGCCCUGCAAACUUUCCUGUGUGGAAGCUUUUGCUGCCACUUUCUGCAUAGUAGGCUUUUCAGACCUUGCUGUCAUUUUGCUGCGGAAAUUUAAGUGGGGCAAGGGAUUCUUGGACCUGAAUCGUCAGCUCUUGGACAAAUACGCAGCCUGCAGUGGCCCAGAGGAGGUGUUGCAAGCAGAGCAGGCAUUCUUGGCCAGUGCCAAGGAGAACUCUGAGGAGGAAGAGAUAGACCCCUUUGACGUGGAUUCAGGGCGAGAGUUUGCAAACCCCAACAGGCCUGUGGCCAGCAACAGGCUGCCCCCAGACACUAAUAGCAGUGAUGAGCCUGAGGAACAAGGGUCUGAUGCUGAGAAAGAAGGAGACAGCAGCAGUUGCUCCAAAGAGGAGGAGACUCUGGAACAAGGGGCUGAGACAAAGGGCCCAACCAAGAUUUGGAAAGGAAUCAAGAAACGACAGAGAGACUGAAGGUUGCAGGUGUGUAUUAUUUCAGAGACUGAAUGACGAGGCAAUCUAGAGACAAGGAAACACAGACAAGUCUGGCUGUUUUGACCUUGUGGAGAAGUGAACUCUGCAACUUCUUGCCCAGUGCUGCUGACAGCCUUGCUCUGAGUCCUGCCUUGGAGCUCUGGCAAUGAAGCUACAAGCCAGGAAGGAG